AUGAUAUUACGACAUCUCCACCUCCACGGCCUAACCAAAUACCCCCACGCCGCCGCUCUCCAGGAUCGCGUCGUCUCACGUCUCCUCGCCCACAAAGCAAACCCCACAUCCACCCCAGCACCACCCCCAACAAUCAUCACCGCCCAAUUCCACCCCGUCUACACCUGUGGCCGGCGAGAAGUCUCCAGCGUCUCGUCCUCGCAAAUCGAAUACCUCACUCAACCCACCCCUUUCGGCCAGGCUACCUUCGAACCCGCCUUAAGAGGCGGCCAAACCACCUUCCACGGCCCAGGCCAACUCAUCGCGUACCCCAUCAUCGACCUCAAACGCCACAACCUCCGUCCACGCGACUAUGUCUGUCUCCUCGAGAAAACUGUCUCAGGACUCUGCAGGAACCAAUACGGUGUCAACACAACAACAACCUCCAACCCCGGCGUCUGGGUCGACGAGAUGCACAAGAUCUGUGCGCUGGGUGUGCAUUUGAGAAGGAAUGUUACGAGUCAUGGGAUAGGGUUGAAUGUUAGUACGGAGCUUGGGUGGUUUGAGAGGAUUGUGGCUUGUGGCUUGGAGGGCAAGUUCACCACGAGUCUGGAGAGGGAGGGGGUCAAAGAUGGCGAAUUGGAUAUGGAGGCAGCAGCGGAUGGAUUUGUGAGGGGAUUUGGGGAGAGGUUAGAGGGUGUUGAUGGGGUUGCAAGGAUUGGGGAGAGAGAAGUGGAUUGA